AUGAAUGCCAACCAGUUGGCGUCGGAAGUGGCAGCAAAAACAGCGAUCACAACAGGCAACACUAACAAGAACAACAGCCCUGGCAACACCAGCAACAUCGAUGUUGCUGACGAAUCCAUGAAUCUGAGUGUACUGGGGAAACACGAGAAAAUUGCUAAACAUUUGAAGAGUGUAGCUGCUGGUAAACCGGAUGUGAAAGAAGAUAGCAGCAAAAGCAGUGGAGGAGUGGGCUAUGAGCCGAAACAGAAUGGACAAUAUCGAGAAUGUGAUGAGCACAUGGAUGGCAGAGAGACGCCAACGAAUAGCUGGCAGCAUCACCGCGUAAAUGGUGAAAAGUCAGCAACAACAACCCCACAUGGCAGUAGCAACAGUAACAGCAGCAGCGCUGUGGGUGACAACAAACCGGAAUGUGGUGGAGAAUCGCCACCUAAGAAUCGGGAUGUACUUGAAGAAGGUGAAGAGAGAGGGCAAAUUGAGGGUGAACGCGAACGCGCUGAGUCCCCAGCAGAUGAAGGCGAUUAUGGGCGACUUCACACAGCCACAAUCAUAAAAACACCACUCACAAAGACGCUACUGAAGCGCUGUAGCGGCUAUAGUGCGCUGAGCGGCAGCAGUGGAAGCGGAAAUGGCAACGGAAAUGGCAGUGGGAAUGGAAAUGGACACGGGUAUGGAAGUAGCACUCAUAUAGGGGCACCCUCAACCGCACACACAGUGUCGGCAUGCUGCAGCGGCCAGGGGCACGCCGCCACCACUUCAGCCACCGCCACCGCCAGCGCCACCAAUGAGUGUGGUCACAACUGCUGCGCCGGUAGAGAUGAUGACGACGAGGAGGCGGAAGGCGAGCAACAACAAGCGUCACCCACACUCGUCGAGCAUACGGCAUUCAAUGGGGAAGAUGAGCGCUCGACGCCACCGUCACCACAGCCGCCACCACCGCCCUCUCCAUCAUCGCAGGCGUCGUCGUCACACAGCUUUCUGCAUAAAAUGCCAACAGCUAUAUCGACAGCAACAACAGAGUCAACUGCGGCUGAUGCUACUGGCGGCAGUGCGGCAAAAUGUAGCAAAUGCAAUAACAACAACAAUAUACAUUACAACAACUACAAUUGUUACUAUCGGAAAAAGUCGCGCAUGCCGAUUUGCCGUUAG